GUUUUAGUGAUGAGAAUUCUGUUAAAGGAGAGGGAGUUUUAAUUGUUAGCAUUGUGUCCCGUUUGAAAGUAUGGCAACGUUGGGUACUGGUAUGCGUUGUCUAAAAAGUUGCGUAUUCGUUUUGAACAUCAUCUGUCUGUUAUGUUCCCUGGUAUUAAUUGGGGCUGGUGCCUAUGUGGAAGUCAAGUUUAGUCAAUAUGGAGACAAUUUACACAAAGUCUGGCAGGCAGCACCUAUCGCUAUAAUUGUUGUCGGAGUAAUAAUCCUGAUAGUGAGCUUUCUGGGUUGUUGUGGAGCUAUAAAGGAAAACGUCUGCAUGCUGUAUAUGUAUGCGUUCUUCCUCGUCGUACUUCUGAUUGCUGAGUUGGCCGCUGCCAUAGUUGCAGUUGUUUACAAAGAUAAGAUCGAUUCAGAAAUUGAUGCAAUAAUGACUGGUGCUCUGGAUAAACCGACAAAAGAGAUAACUGAAUUCAUGAAUUUGAUUCAGUCAUCAUUCAAUUGCUGUGGAGCCAAAGGCCCUGAUGAUUAUCGUGGUAACGUGCCAGCUUCGUGCAAAGAAGAGAAUUUGACCUAUACCGAAAAUACUACGUAGUCAUCGUUAAUAACAGUUAAUUGACACGUACGUAGACAUAUAUUAUCUAAAGAUUUUCUCCAUCAAAUCUGAUGCAAGUCUAGAUACAUUUGUUUAGAACAAGUUCCUGAAUGUAAAAACACUUGUAACUUACGAAACAAUGUUGUUUUUGGUACCAAUAAUCAUUCCUAACGUCCCUUAGUGCAUAUGUUAAUUAUUGCCUAGUCAGUUGGUUAGUCCAUGUCAGUUUUUCGCCGUGUAAUACUACAUACGAAGGCAAGCCUUGAAAAUCACAUGACAUCAGAAGCUGUGCUACUCACAAAGUCAGUGGCAUUGAGCAGUUGAUUAGUCAUUCGCAACGUAGAACUUAGUACGUAUGUACACCUUCGAUUUCACCUUAUUAUAUUAGCACAGAGAAUGAGACUGUCAAACGAACUCUCUGAGUAGCAAAUUUAGUAACAGCAUGAGUAGUAAUAAAUAUCAGGCGUCUAAUAUUUGAUUGAGAAAAACGAAAAUAACUGAAAUAAAAAGAAAAAUUUGUAAAUAAUUCAUUAGUUCAAAGUUUAGAUGUCAAUAAAGAAGAGAUGCAACCAUGUCAUCGAACACAAUUUUAAGCCAUGUCAUUCAGUCUUUAAUUGCCGGUUAUAAAAAUCACUUGGACCCCAAUCAAGUUGUCUACAACUGUUGACAUAAAUCAGUGAAUGACUUCAUGAACUGAUGCAUUAGGAUAUGUCCUAUUAAAAGUUCGUGUUUUCGACAAAAUUGUAGGCUGAGCUUGCCUCAGGCUCAAAGUAUUACUACUGUUGUAGUACUCGUACGUAUGAUUGAUUUCAGCUGCAAACUCCGAAUAAUCAUUCGGCGAGACUACGUUUGUAGUCCGAGGUCUAUGUCUUUACUUUGUCAGAUGGUGCUACGAGUCUUGUACUUUUACCAAAGCAUUAAUGAUUAAUUGUACUAAGUCUUGAGUACAUAUUUUCUAACGGUUAUCGUCUUUUCAUUUUUAGGGCUGUGUAUCUGUCUUUGGAGCAUUCUUAAAACGCAACCUGGUGAUUGUUGCCUGUGUUGCAUUUGGUGUAUGCUUUUUCCAGUUGUUAAGCAUUGUCAUAGCCUGCUGUUUGGGUCGCCAAAUAAAGGAGUAUGAAAAUGUGUAAACACUGCAGAGAAAACAGUAUGAUGUUUAUCAAUCCCGUUCUGUUUUCCCUCUGGCUUUUAUGAAAUGUUGCUUUUUAUUGCCUAGAUAAUUGUGCCUUGGUUAAUAAUCGUGUACUCGACUUCGUUUACGAUAUAAUUAUUAUACUUAAAUAUGAUACUGUCAUUCUCAUUGUUCCACUUAUCAUUCUUAUACCAAAUGAGCUGCAUUGAUUCCCUGGUAUUUACCUACGAACUGAUGACAAAUCAUCUUCAUUUUUAUGGUGUGUCUUAUAACAUUUCUCGUUUAUAUAAUUUUAAAUCUUUGGUAUACCUUUUGUUUUACAGACCGCUUAUUUUGCCGCCACAGCAUUAGACAUUUCUUGUAUAAAUUAAUUCCGUUAACUUAUUUCAGUCUUCAACUGCAAUUGCGGGGUUCUAAUAAUAUUCAUAGCAGUAACUGUUCGAGGUUUGUUUUGUUCGUUCACAAUUCCUUUAUUUAAAACUAGCGAAGCUCAAAAUGAAUGAAGAUUUCAUUGUGUUUGUCCGCAAUUAUAGAGGUCGAUUGCUAAUGAUGUGGUUCAAAUGGUCAGGUAUUUGAAAAGAUAUGGUUGUAGUUAUUACAUCUGUCUACGUCCAUCACUAUAAUAAGGCUUCAAUGGGAUGUCAACAAUCUGUUGUACAAUCAAAUGAUACAUUAUCAAGGUAGAAUCAAGUGAAAUGUUUUUUUCAUACUACAACAAUUAUGUGGAACUUUAUUACAUCUUAAAAGACUAACCGAAUCUCAUUGCUGUUGCGUAGAAUAACAGUCAAUUUUGUCCUCGGACAAAUUAUUUACUACGAUGAGAGUUUUCAGUAACUCUGGUCAUAGCUCU